AUGGCUGUCGUCACUAUCCUCGGAAGCUGUCUGAAGAUUUCUUAUGUCAUAUUUGCCUUUUGUUCUGCUUUCUUUCUCGGCGCUCUUAAAGGUUUGAUCGUAGGUCCAAUAGCUGGUUUAACAUUAAUAGCAGGGAAUGUCGGAGUGAUCCUUGGUUUGUUCCCUGCACAUGUUACUUGGACUAUCUACGCUGUUGCAAAGACAAAUAGAUUUGACAUUCCUCUGAAACUAGCAAUCUCAGUGGCUCUUCCUGCAUUGUUUGGGAUAUGGUUAGGUCUGAGUAUAUCAAUUAGCGUUCUUGUUGGUGUUGGCUAUGGAUUCUUCACUCCUUGGAUCUCUGCUUUUGAGGCAUUCAGACAAAACACUGGAUCCAACAAGUUCUUCCACUGUCUUGUGGAUGGAACUUGGGGAACAAUCAAAGGAAGUUGUACUGUGGUUACAGAUUUUGCAGAUCUCUGUUACCAUUCUUAUCCUCUCUACUUAAAGGAAUUGCGUGAAUCCCCAGCCUCAGAUGAGCUUCAAACUCUUAGGUUGAUUCAUGUUCCUGGAUGCAUAAUUGUAGGGAUUAUAGGAUUAGUCAUCGAUAUCCCUCUCUUCACUGCAAUUGCUGUUAUUAAAAGCCCUUACCUUCUGUUCAAAGGAUGGUACCGUCUAGCGCAAGAUGCGAUUAACCGAGAAGGACCAUUUCUUGAAAUAGCUUGCAUCCCAGUUGCUGGUUUGACAAUACUGUUAUGGCCUAUCAUUGUCAUUGGAUUUGUUCUGAUGACCAUCUUCUCCAGCAUCUUUGUGGGGUUGUAUGGAGCAGUUGUUGUAUUUCAGGAAAGGUCAUUUACAAGAGGAGUGUCUUAUGUGAUUGCAGUAGUUGGGGAAUUUGAUGAGUACACAAAUGAUUGGCUUUACCUUAGAGAAGGAACUAUCUUCCCAAAGCCAAGAUAUCGGAUGAGAAAAGCAUCAUUUUCAAGUGAAGUAUCUGUGAUUGUUCAUCCUUCGGAUGUUAGCAGAGACAAUAGUUCCGGUUCUGUAGAAGCUCCAGCGAUGCUAGUACCGAGUCUUGUUCACUCUGUAUCUGUUAGAGAGGCGAUACAAGAAGUGAGAAUGGUUCAGAUUUGGGAGCAUAUGAUGGGGUGGUUUGAGAUGCAAGGCAAAGAGCUACUAGACAAAGGAGUGAUAACACCAGCUGAUCUAUAUGAGUCUUUAAAAGGAAGACACGGAAACGAAUCAUCGAUUAUCAAUGUCGGGCUUCCUUCUUACGCUUUGCUGCAGACGUUGCUAAUCUCUAUUAAAGCUGGUGCUCAUGGUGUGCUCUUGCUUGAUGGCUCGGAAGUGACACAUUUGAAUAGACCGCAGGACAAGUUCUUGGACUGGAUCUUUAAUCCAAUCAUGGUGUUGAAAGAUCAGAUUCAAGUGAUCAAACUUGGAGAAAGUGAAGUUAGGUACUUGGAGAAAACUGUUCUCUUUGGAGACCAUGAACAAAGGAUUGAAGCUUGGGAUAAUCGCAGUGCCCCGCCUCAAGAAAACCUUCGAACUGCUCAAAUCCAAGGAAUCAGCAGAAGAAUGAUGGGAAUGGUAAGGAGCGUAUCUAAGCUUCCGACGUAUAGGAGAAGGUUCAGGAAAGUGGUCAAGGCUCUAAUAACGUACUGGUUAGAGAAGCAAGGCUUGAAUCGAACCGGUUCCAUGAGUUCCGGAGAUUUCAUUGAAGACGUAUAA